AUGUCUUUCCGAGAGACCAAGGCGGGGGAAAAAGCCAAGCACCCUGAAGAUCAUGGCAAAAAGCAGAGUUCAAGUUGGAUCAACGGAAUGGAGAACAGCACGCAAGCCAGCACUUCUGUCGAGAAAAGAAAUCACCAUUGGAGAAGUUACAAGUUGAUUAUUGACCCGGCUCUGAAAAAAGGACAGCACAAACUCUACCGUUACGAUGGGCAACAUUUCAGCAUGCCUAACUCUGGAAUCGCUCCUGUGGAUUGUGUCAGGGAUCCCAGAAUAGGGCGAAUAUGGACCAAAACUAAGGAGUUGGAGCUGUCUGUCCCCAAAUUCAAGAUUGAUGAAUUUUACGUGGGGCCAGUGCCUCCCAAGCAGGUCACCUUUGCCAAGCUGAACGACAACAUCCGCGAAAACUUUUUGGCCGACAUGUGCAAGAAAUACGGCGAAGUGGAAGAGGUGGAGAUUCUCUACAACCCCAAGAACAAGAAGCACCUGGGCAUUGCCAAAGUCAUCUUUGCCACUGUCAAGGGUGCCCGGGAGGCUGUCCAGCACCUUCACAACACCUCUGUCAUGGGCAACAUCAUUCACGUGGAGCUGGAUACGAAAGGUGAGACCCGUAUGCGAUUCUAUGAACUGCUCGUUAAUGGUCUUUACACUCCUCAGACCCUCCCUGUAGGCACCGAACAGGACGUGUCCCCAACUGGGAAUGAAGCUCUCCAGCUGACAGAUUCCCUGAAGCGCCUGAAAGACAGUAACCUUUCUUCCACGGGCUCCUCUGUUACCCCAAACAGCAGCACGCCCUUCUCCCACGACACAGCCUAUUCCAGCUGUCGGCAAGACACCCCGAACUCGUACAGCCAAUUCACCCCGCAGUCCCAAGGAACACCUCACACCCCACGGUUAGGGACGCCGUUUUCCCAGGAUUCCACCUAUUCCAGCCGUCAGACAACGCCUGUGUACCAUUUUGGGCAGGACAGUGGGUACAAACCCAGGAGACACGAAACAAAAUUUACGGAUGCCUACAACCGCCGCCCGGGACAUCAACAUCACUACGUGCACAACUCGGCGGGUGUGUUCCGAGGCACGGAGCAUCAGUUCAGUACGUACAAAUCCCAUCAGCAGGAGCCAGUUCAGUUCUCUCACACUCCUCCCCUGAGCCACUCUAGUUCUUCGAGCUACAAAUCUGCCUUCUCUCCCUACCAACCACCAGCUGUAUUUCCCCAAUCCGACGAGCAGCAGUUUCCCCAAACUUCCAGGGAAACGGAGUACCGGAGACCUGCGCCCCCUCCCACUGAGAUGGUUGUGGAAAGCAGUGCUGCCCCUAGCAUCGAUUUUGUCCCAGUGAAGGAGAAACCAGAGGAGCCUCCGCCCUUGCCCGACUCGAACUCUGUUCCUGAACCGAGCACAGCAUCCUUCUCUCAGACUCCAGAGAGGAGCGAGACCCCUGGCACCCCCACCAUGGAGUCUGAAAUGCAGCAUAACAGUUUAGACUCAAGGAUUGAGAUGCUCUUGAAAGAGCAGAGAACAAAGUUACCCUUUCUUAACGAGCAUGACUCGGAUAACGAGAUCCGAAUGGAAGGUAGCCCUAUUUCCUCCUCUUCUUCCCAGCUCUCUCCCAUCACACCGUACGGUUCAAACUCUCAGCCCGGUUUCAGGGGGCAGACGCCUUCCUCGCGCCCUUCCAGCACGGGCUUGGAGGACAUCAGCCCAACGCCGUUACCUGACUCUGACGACGACGAGCCCAUCCCUGGGACAGCUUCUCUGAGUCAGAAUUCCCGGGGGACAUCGGAGGCCAGCAUGACUCCCAGUGAUCAGCUGGGCAGGACCUCCAAAACUGAGACCUCGGAGGCUAAGGAGAUGGUGCCUGGUGACCAGACUCCAACGUCAGAAAAAAUGGACGAGGGUCAGCAUUCCUCAGGAGAGGACAUGGAGAUCUCUGACGACGAGACCAACCCAGCGCCCAUCACCAGCGCGGAAUGUGCCAAAACCAUUGUGGUGAACUCCUCCGUCAGCAACACGGCCGUGAUGGCCCCGUCGAUCCCCCCUCUGCCACCACCGGGAUUCCCUCCUCUUCCUCCUCCGCCUCCUCCCCAGCCAGGCUUCCCGAUGCCUCCACCGCUGCCUCCGCCACCUCCACCCACCCACCCCGCCGUCACCGUCCCCCCGCCGCCGCUCCCGGCCCCUCCCGGGGUCCCCCCGCCGCACAUCUUGCCUCCGCUCCCUCCCUUCCAUCCCGGCAUGUUCCCUGUCAUGCAGGUGGAUAUGAUAAGUGUCUUGGGCAACCAGUGGGGUGGGAUGCCCAUGUCCUUCCAGAUGCAAACUCAGAUGCUGAGCCGCAUGAUGCAGGCACAGAACACGUACCAGUAUCCCCCUUUCAUGACGGGCCGGAUGCAGUUUGUGAACCUCCCUCCCUACCGCCCUUUCUCCAUGGGAGCUGCUCUCGGCCGUGGGCAGCAGUGGCCCCCACUGCCCAAGUUUGACCCCUCGGUUCCACCACCGGGGUAUGAGCCGAAGAAGGAAGAUCCCCACAAAGCCACUGUGGAUGGAGUCCUCCUGGUCAUAGUGAAGGAACUAAAGGCUAUCAUGAAAAGGGACCUGAACCGCAAGAUGGUGGAAGUCGUGGCGUUUCGGGCAUUUGAUGACUGGUGGGACAAGAAGGAACGUCUGGCAAAGGCGUCUCUCACUCCAGUGAAGUCUGGAGGAGAAGUGGAGGAAAAACCAAAGCCAAAGGAUCGAAUUGCAUCCUGUCUUUUGGAGAACUGGAACAAAGGAGAAGGCCUGGGAUACGAGGCAAUCGGCCUGGGCAUUGGGCUACGAGGGGCCAUCCGGCUGCCAUCCUUCAAGGUUAAAAGAAAGGAGCCACCUGAAGCUGCCUCAGCAGGAGAUCAGAAGAGAAUCCGGCCUUCUACUUCUGUCGAUGAUGAAGAUGAAGAGUCAGAGAGGGACAGGGAUGCUUCCGAUACCACAUCUGACCUGUCAAAGAAGGAUGGAGAAGCAGUGGGGCUGAGGCGGCGACCAGCAAGGCCGUUGGAGCUCGACAGUGAGGGAGAAGAGGGAGAUGAGACAUCAGGGAAGGAGGAAGAGUCCUCCUCAGAGAAGGAAGAGGAACAAGAAGAAGAGGGAGGCUUGGCGAAAGCAGCACCUGGCAAGGAGGAAGAGGAGGAGGAGGAGGAUGAAGAUGAUGAGGAUGAAGAUGACGAUGAUGAGGAUGAAGAUGAGGAGGAGGAGACAGGCAUAGACACAAGUGACAAAGAGGAGGAGCAGGACUCCGAGGAGGAUGUAGCAAGUCCCUCGUCUUCCAAGGCUGAAGUUGAAUCAUCCGAUGAAAGUGAGGACUCCUCUGAAUUCGAGUCAAGUUCAGACUCGGAUGAUGAUGAGGAGGAUGAUGAUGACGAUGAAGAUGAGGAGGAGGAAGAGGAGGAAGAGGUGGCUGAAGAUCAAGACAGAGAAGCCAUGGUUGCUGAGACAGAGCAUGAACCUGCCGGUCAUGAGAUUCCUGACGACGAGAGGGAGACUAUUUUGGAGCUGUAUCCUGUGGAUGACUACAUGGAUGCAACGGGCUUGGGACUCGCCGAGCCAGCUUUGGCAGUGAAAGAUGAAGGCCAUGAAGAAAUCAAGGCAGGGGAAAGUGAAUGUGGCCAAAUCACAGGGGCAUCUCUUGCUGCUGAAACUCUGAAACACUUGGUUAUGGAAAGAGACCAGGAGACAAAACUUGCUCUCUCUCCCAUCUGUAGGCCAGAGGAAGAGUCUGAACCCACUUCCAUGCUGGAGCCAGAGGUCCAGGAAGGUCCAAAGCCUGAAUCUCAAGAUGAGGAGGCGACGCUCUGUAUCUCCACUCCAGUGGGAGUCUUCGGAGAACCUCUGCCCAACAAAAGCAGCUUCUUUGGCAAAUCUGACGACAGCAACUCAGAAGCUCGUGCUAAACCAAAGCUGCCCUCGACAGCGGAGGAGGACGAGCGGCUGCCCCGCACGCCGGGACGGGAGGUGAUGAUCCACUCGGAGACUGACACACUUUUGCUUCCAGCCCACAAGGUGCCAUCCUCCAUGCUUCCCUUGCCAUCGACUCCCGGUAAGGAGGAAUCUUUAGUCCCUCCAGAAAAGUUCCCUGAACAAUUAAUGGUGACCAAAACGUCUGUGGAAGAGGAGAUUCCGAGGACUCCUGGGCGGGACAUUUUGGCCAAGUCUUCACACCCUCUUGCGAAGUCGCAGAGCACGGACACUGUUCCAGCCACGCCAGGAAGUGAUGCUCCCCUUACAGGAAGCAGCUUGACCCUCAGUUCCCCUCAAGUCCCAGGGAGCCCCUUUUCCUACCCGUCCCAAUCUCCUGGCAUUAACAGUGGCAUUCCUCGGACUCCUGGGAGAGAUUUCAAUUUCACGCCCACUUUCCCAGAGGCUGGUGCUACCAUUCCUUGCCUUCUGUCUGGCAAGAAACAGUCAGAGGAUGAGCUGGAUGAGAAACCCUUUAAAGAGCCUCUUGGUGCUUCCCUUACGAUCAGCAUGAACAGUGUUCCUUCUCCUAUCCCCUUCGCCAGCCCCCCCCAAGCAGAUUUCCACAUGGACAUGGGUUUGCCACCUGAUGAGCCAAUACCUGUAGCAGCCCUGCCAUGCAUGCAUGGAGAUGGAAGAAUGCCCAUUGAGGAAUGCAAGGCGGAAGUAAAAUCUGGUUUGCUCUCACCAGAAGUACCCCCUGGGGCUUCUAUUCUUCCUCCCCCACCACCACCUUCUGUUCUUCCCAAAAGGAGGCCGGGUCGGCCAAGGCGGUCACCACCCUCUGUCCUCUCCUUGGAUGUGUACUCAGGCAAACCCAUAGAACCUCCUCCCGUGCCAGUGGCCUUGGUGGAAGGUCCUGUGGGCAAAGAGCUCUUGAGUGGACAUCCUGAUGCUUACUAUGGACUGAAAGACCCUGAAGCCGUCACCCUGGACUUCAGGAAUGACGGUUUCCAUGAGAAAAUAGCAGCUGAGACAGUUGCGGAGAAACUGCCAUUUAAGGAACUGGAGAACCAGUGGAAUGAAGACUUCAAGGAAGAAGAAGCUAAACCUAAAAGACAGUGGCGAAGGCAGAAGAAAACAUCUGAGGACCUCCCGGUGAUCCCUUCCCCAGAGUAUUCCCCACCCCGGCCUCAGUUCAGGCCGCGCUCCGAGUUUGAGGAGAUGACCAUUUUGUAUGACAUUUGGAACGGGGGCAUAGAUGAGGAAGAUAUCAAAUUCAUGUGUAUCACAUAUGACCGCCUGUUGCAGCAGGACAAUGGCAUGGACUGGCUCAAUGACACCCUGUGGGUAUUCCAUCCUUCUACUAGCUUUUCUACCCCCAAGAAAAAGAAGCGGGACGAUGGGAUGCGGGAGCACGUGACGGGCUGUGCACGAAGUGAAGGCUAUUACAAAAUUGAUAAGAAGGACAAACUUAAAUACCUCAACAAUAGCCGAGCUUUCGCGGAGGAGCCUCCAGCUGACACACAGGGUAUGAGCAUCCCUGCCCAACCUCAUGCUUCCACCCGGGCUGGUUCCGAGAGGCGAUCAGAGCAACGCAGGCUCCUCUCCUCCUUCACUGGUAGCUGUGACAGUGACCUGCUCAAGUUCAACCAGCUCAAGUUCCGGAAGAAAAAACUAAAAUUCUGUAAGAGCCACAUUCACGACUGGGGCCUUUUUGCUAUGGAACCCAUUGCAGCUGAUGAGAUGGUGAUCGAAUACGUGGGUCAGAACAUCAGGCAGGUCAUUGCUGACAUGCGUGAGAAGCGCUACGAGGACGAGGGCAUUGGCAGCAGUUACAUGUUCAGGGUCGAUCACGACACCAUCAUCGACGCCACGAAAUGCGGAAACUUCGCCCGGUUCAUCAAUCACAGCUGCAACCCAAAUUGUUAUGCUAAAGUGAUCACAGUGGAGUCCCAAAAGAAGAUCGUCAUCUAUUCCAAGCAGCACAUCAAUGUGAACGAGGAAAUUACCUACGACUACAAGUUUCCAAUUGAGGAUGUAAAAAUCCCAUGUCUCUGUGGCUCUGAGAACUGCAGGGGAACCCUGAACUGAUCUCAAGGUUUCUCGUCACACUUGCACCUUCGGCCAUGUCAAAACUGUGGUAACCAGGUGUGGUUGCACUUUGCCAAAAAAAGAGGAAAAAAAAAAAAAAACAAACAAAGAAAAAAAGGAAGAAAAAAAAAUUUAAAAGGAUUAAAAAAAUACUUAAAAAAAAAAAAGAGGAAAAAGAGAAGAAGAAAACCAAGCAAGUUUCGCACUUCUGCCGGAUCACGAGCGAAAGCAAAAAGCGCACACGCUUACGAGGACUGUUCACGUUUCAGGUGCUCUUUCCUUUUCAGAUCCAACACGCACACAAAAAGGUGAUAACCAUUUUGUGGCAUGGUCUAUCCAAACACUAGCUUCUCUGUUCAGUCCCUGCAGUAAUGCUCCGUAAUGGGAUAAUGGUACCUUUUUUUUUUUUUUAUUGUUGUUAUAAACCUUCAUCUUUUCAUAAAUGCUGCUACCUUUUUCUCAUCAGUUUUGUUGGUUGAAAAAGACAUUCAACGUUUAAAUGUGAAGCAGAGACUGAAAAUGCCAUAUAGGGUUUGUUGGGAGCUUGAUUGGCUGAAAUUGCACAGAUUUCUCAGAGUAAGCUGUAAAUAAAUGUAAGGUUGAUGUUACAGAGCAAGCCAGAGGCUUGAGGGUGUGUGAAUGAGCGUGUGAGUGUGCUUGGGGGGGUGUGUGUGUAGAUAUGUCCACAAUGAGACUAGAGGUGAACUGUCCUGCCUUUUUGUUAGGGAUGAGCCUGAACAAGUCCCCUCAGCCAGACCCCCCAAGGCAGAGUCGGGUCAGCACAGACCUCAGCUCACAGCCUUGGGCUCGUCUCUCAUUUUCUAUGCCAUGCUGGUCUAUGGGGGAUCCAAACCUCUGCACCCCUGCGUGAGAAAUGCUUGGAUACUGCAAUCACAGUGAGAGCUGGAGUCAGUUGUGUAGCUGUAGCAUCGUGGCACAGCGUGUGGCCUUUGGGGAUGCCCAUUCCUUGGAGAUGGGUUUGUCUUGCAUGCAGAAGAGGCUGAGAUAAAGGGGAGAACUCAGCUGUAGAAAUUCUGCUCUGCUUGUAAGCAAAGACUUUGGCCCGCGUUUGGAAUAGGAUUUUCUUCCUGUAGAUGGGAAACAGGCUGAUGUAUGUCUCGUGUUCACUUUUCUCCCUUUCAUCUGCAUUUCCCUGCCCUUUCCAGUGUUUAAGUGGAGUAUUUGCUCUGUCCUUGAAUGUGGGAGAUCCUCCUGUGAUAGGAGCAAGCUGUGCUGUGCCGCUCUCCUCCCUCUGUUACUCAGUAACUUGGCCUGGGGAUGGUCCCAUCCCUCCAGUAAGAUCGUGGUAAAAGUGUCCCUGAGAACAAUCCUGUCCCCCCCAUCUACAGCAUGGAAAUGAUGAAUGCUUCUCCAAAUUUGGAAGGCACGUAUUGAAAUGAUUUCUCGGUAUAUUUUGUCCUUGUGGAUGUGCUGUGUUGCAGUUCUUCAAGGGGUUCCAUUUAAAAAUGGGGCAAAACACCAAAGAAAUAGUUCUUUGGAUGUGAUCUGAAAAUGUUAUGUGACCGUUCAGGUAUAGACAGGAUCAGUUUUCCAACUUGCAUUGAAUUUCUCCUGCUUUAAAAGUAGAGAUUAGCUGUACUAAACCCUUUUUAAUUGGCUUAUAAGGGGAAGUUGCAAUGUCAUUAUGAAAUGGGAAGAUUAUCUGCAUAACUAAACAUCUUCUCCCCACAGAACCAAUUACACAGCUGUUUUCUUGUAGCCUUUCAAACCUCCGUGAGCUGAGGUUACAACCUUGCAAAAGAGGUUCCUGGAAGUUUUUUCAGCUGUUCCAUGGAAUUGCCAGGCCUGCACUGCUGAGUGGAGCUUGUAAUGUAGGUUAGACCUCUGCAUCUGAAUUUCUUCUUCAGAUAAAAGGCCUGAAAGGGCAGGAACACACAGACUGCUCCAAACUGCCUUAAUACCUCCUGUAUUUCUGUCUGAGGGUGAGCAGAUUGUUGCUGACAGUCCAUAGUCUCAUCUCUGCUUUUGUUUUGGUUUGGUUUUGUUGUUUCCCCCUCUUCUUUAUAAAUCUCUCCAGCAAUUGGGUAUUGGUGACCCAGAACCUAAAAUUGUGAAGCACAACUAGUUUCUGUCACUGACUGUUGGUUGUAACUGCAGUGAUGGCAUUUGGGAGUUAAACCAGCUGCUCAGUUUAGUUUAGUUUUGGGGGUUUUUUAAGAAGGUUCAUCUUGUUGUGUUGAAGCUCCAGUUGGCAUCUCUACAGCUUGGCCUUUGACUUUCAAAGCUUUGGAAAUGCACAGAAGUUUCCUGUGUCUCAGAACUGAAGCUCCUGUGUGCGGCAUUUUGGCCCGUGGCCUUGGCCUUCUCCCUCUUUGGUCCAUCGAACCAGUGCAGUAACAGUGGAUUUGUGGGGGUGAGGACACCCCAAAUGGCCCAGCCCCAAGAACCUGAUGGCAGUUCUGUGUUUCCCAGCAUAUCUGUGUGCUCUGGAUGGGAUUAGCCCCUGCAGUUUGCCUUAAUCUUUGGUGAGGAAGGCGGGGAGGAAGGUCACAGUCACCUUCGGGACCUUUCGCUGCAUUUUUAGGAGCACCAAAGGGAUUUGGGUGCCAAAGUCCAUGAGCACCUAAAUCACUUGGGUACUUCUGAAACUGCCUGUAAUCCAUCCCUUUUUAGGAUCCUGGACAAAUAAUGUAAGGUUUUGUGAGAGCUGAGCUCUCAGUAGUUCCCCAGGAAGAAACAGAGCUGUUGGAUACGUAGCACUUCUGAAAAAUCAUGUUGGUCUGGUCUCAAAGCCAAACCCGAGGCUUCUCUUUUCUUCCCUGUAAAUCUUGGCUUGCAAAGUCCUACCUGGGAUAUUUGUCUCAGACUGGGAAGCUGCCCCAACCCCAGAACAGAUCAUUUUAUGGUGAGGACUGCAAGUCCAGUGCAGUGAUUUCCAUGAGCGCUGCGGGUGCCUGUGGCUGCCCUGUCCCUGCAGGGUCUUCUUGGGCCAGGGGAGCCCUGCAGCCACAGAUGUGGUUUGGGAAGGCACCCCUGGAGAUGCCUCUAAUCCCUCCAGGUCCUUUGGCUUGUACUUAGCAAGGGGUGAGAUGAGAGGAGGGCAGGAGGUAUGUGGUGCAGGCACAGCCUGGGUCACCCCCAGCGUUGUUCUCCCGCGCUCAGCACGGGCACCCCGGCACCCCAUGGAAACACAGACGAGGACUAAAGGGAAACCUCACCAGCACGUGCUGCUUUCAGAGAGACUGAAAUGGUUUUGUUCACUGAAAAGCCUGUCCCCAAUUUAUUGUCACUUAAAUUGAAGCCUGAGACAAUAAUGAGAGAGAGAGAGACAUCGACUGUGCUCCCUGCAAAAUUCCACCUCGCUGGGAGAAAUGACCCGGGAGAACAGUGCAAAAUUUUGGAAGGAGAGCUUAAACCUUUAGUUUCCCGACAGGAAGCUGGUGUGAGUUGAGGGUGCAGGUCCCUCCACGGUGACAUCCAUAGGAAGUGCUGCCCAACACCUCCGUUGAUCCGUGCAGUUCACACCCACCUGCAGUCCCAGGCUGGUCCCAAAGUUGGUCUGUGACUCUCGGGGAUCCAGGAGGGGAAGGGGCUCAUCUUGCAGUUAUUUAUAUUGUAUAGAGCAGCUUAUUUCUACAAGGAAAAAAAGAAAACCAACAUUUUUAAACUCCAACAAAUUAUACAGUAGUUUCAGUUCCGGUUUUUGUGACCUUUUUCAGGGAUCAUUUCAGUGCAUUUCUGUAUAAAAUAAAAAUUUAAGGAAAAAAAAGGAUUUUGAAGUAUAAAAAAAUGCAUCCUCUGUACAUAGGCAAACUCAAGAAUCUUCUCUUCAAACACUGUUUCUUGUAGAAACAUGUUGAAAUUUUUUUGCUGAUUUCUUUGUACUUCAAGAGCAUGUAAAUAGUUUAUUAAAAGUGACUAUUGUAAUUUGGAGUUCUUUUUAAACAGAUUCCAGCUCUAAAUCAUGUCAAGAUGGGGAGGAAGAAGGACUGAGUAUAGCAAAGGAGCUGGUGGCAUUUACAGCUUGUGUCAAGCUUUGUAUAAUGUAAAUUCUGUAUAAAUAUGAGGGUUUUUUGUCAAAUAAAUAGAUGAAAUUAGAAGCAUUAAGAAACUGAAGUCAAAAAAUUGCCAAGUCAAGGCUUCUUCUUUCCCCUGACCCCUCAGUCUGAAACCUAAUGUGCAAAAUCUAUUUAUUUCAAGCGAGGAAAUAUGUACAGUCUAAUAGACACCCUAAAAUGUAUUUAAGCAGGUUUGCAACUGGAUUUUUUCAGUUUAAUAUUUGUUUUGUUUUUAUGAGUUUCCUCCUUAAUUGCCACUGUAGGAUUUGUCCAAGUGAAAAGAAACACAUCGAGACGGACACUCUAAAACAACGGGGCAGUUUUAAAAGUGGAAGAACACCCAGCUCCCAAUCCUUGCAGUUUUCUGGUUGUUUUAAUUCCCAGCGUGGAAAUCAAGAGGCCUCCUUUAAAAGUAGGCAGGUCAAAUGAUUUGCAAUAAAUGGAAAAAAAAAAAAACAACAACUUAUUUUUUUUUUUUUAAGUUCCUUAAAAAAAAAGGCAACAACUCUGCUUUGAAGAUUUAGGAUUUCUGCUUUUUCUUUCGUUAAGCAAAUUUAUGACUUUAGGGAUGUUUUGUGCAUAUAGAAUCUGUCACCAGUAUGUAUCUUGUUUUGAAGAAAGUGUUUUUGUUGUGGAUGUGUCAUGCUGUAUAUAUUUGUUCAUAUUUUUGUGAAUUGAAUACUAUGUACCAUUGUAUUAUAGUAACUUUUAUAAAGCAAACCAUAAAUAUA